AUGAUGACGAUGACUGGCCGUGUGCUGCUGGUGUGUGCCCUCUGCGUGCUGUGGUGCGGUGUCUGCGGUGGUGGACGAGCUCAAGCAGCUUCUCCAGAUACUAAGUCCAGUGAAGAGAAACCUCAAAACGAGAAAGAUACCACAGGUGUCGUUGGUGCAGGAGAAGGCGACCAAAACGAUAAAGAGGCAGCGCCACAAGCAGCAGCACCAACGAAGUCAGGAUUACCGGCAGUGGCACCGAGCCCGUCACAGGCAACAGAAUCCGGAGGAGCAUCAGAAACGCCAGGUGCAGCAAAGGACAGCAAGCAUCAAAAAGAAGACGAAAAGAAGGAAAAGGAAGAAGAAGAAGACCAAGACGAAGAGAAGGAGGUAGACGAAGAGGAGGAAAAAGAAGUGGAAGAAGAAGAAACUGAAGGGGAGGAAGACGAAGAAGUGGAAGAAGAAGAAGAGGAUGAUACGAAUGAAGGGAAAGCCACAAAGAAAGAAGACGCUGAUACCAGCACCACAGAGGGGAUCUCAGCAGGCAAUGAAGAGCAGCCAAGUUUAUCUUCUGCUGCGGAGGGAGCAUCGAAUAUAGCAAAUCCCAACAGCACACCAACAACUGGAAACGGUGAUCCAGCAGCUGAUGUUGCAGGGACACGAGAAGAAAAACAAAAUGAAAAUAAAGAUGCCAAUCCGAAGGAAACACCAGUCGAAGCCACAGCCAUGAAAACUACAACGGCGACGACUGGCGACAGUGACGGCAGCACCGCGGCCUCCCACACCACCUCCCCUCUUUUGCUUCUUCUUCUUGUUGCGUGUGCGGCUGCUGCUGCGGUGGUGGCCGCGUGA